UUUGCAGCGGCUACAGAGGCGAGGAUUGCGCAGGAGACCGUUGGUUUUUGGAUCCGGAGCCUGGGCCGAGCUGGAGCCAUGGUGCAGGUCUACAACUUGCACCCGUUCGGGUCGCAGCAAGUCGUUCCUCUGAAGCAGGAACCGGCGCUCUUCUGCUGCGGGCGCGACGUACUCCUGGUGGCCUGCGGCUCCGGCGCCUGCAAGGUGGAAGUGUUUGCGGAACUCUGCGAGCCGCUCGGCUCCUUCAGUACCCUGGGCCGAGUGCUGUCCAUGGCGUACGGCAAAGUGGGAGAUUAUGUGGCCACUAUUGAGGAGAAACACAGCACCCUCUUCUUCCGAGUUUAUGUUAACUGGAGAUGCAUAUCCUCUGGCAGCUCACGUGUUUGUGUGCGGAUGCAAGGCCAUAACCCAGAAGCUUCCUACACUGAAACAUCUAAAGAACAAAUGUCAAUCAUAGAAAUUCCUCUUUCUGAUCCUCCCACAUGUUUCUCCUGUUGCCCUUUAUCAGGAGACCUACUGGUUGGCUGCAAGAAUAAGUUGAUAUUAUUCCACUUGAAGCAUUUAUUUGUGAGUGAGGAUGUAAAAGUGCUUGACUUUGAACGUUCCUUAAUUUUGCACAUGGAGAAGUUCACCCCAAUAGAAGUUGCAUUUUGUGCAGGGUAUGUUGCUGUCACAGCAGAACUGGAAGUCCUUGUCUUCAAGCUACUAACUGGGGAGAAAGUAACUUUGGCUGGUAAUAGCAAACAGCAUGUCUGUGAAUCUGUAGAACCUGAAAUACCCAUUAAUGAAGGUAUAACACAGGAAGUUGAUCAAACUCAAUCAGAAACAGAUGGGUUUGUUUUCUGUCAGCAGCCUAUGGAACUUCUUGGAGCAGAAAGUAGCAAGUGUGAGAUAUCUGUUAUUUUGGAGUCAAUUAGCUUAACUGGUGAAGAUUUAAAUAUUCAAGUGGAAUAUGUCCUGUACAGGCGUUUUGCUCUUGAUGUGUCCUUAUUUCCUUUUUCUGUUGAAGAUGCCAAACUGCACUCUCUUCAGCUGCUUCCAAUACAUGAAUCAGGGACUUCUGUCACGGCUAAGGAAGGAGAUACAACUAAACAAGAAUUCCUGAGUUUGUUUUGCUUUUUCUCUUUACCACAUGUGGCAUACCUAUACACAGUCAAUAACUUAGUGAAACUUAUUUCUACCUACCAGUAUUCAGAAAGAUCCCAGCAAGCAGUUCUUACACCCCAGUUCCUGCAUGUCAUUACAAGCAACAACCUGCAGUGCUUUACAGUGAGAUGCAGUGCAGUAGCCGCUCGGAAUCAAGACCCCUACAUUGAUACAACAUUAAAGGCUUGUCCCCCUGUGUCUCUUGAUGUUUGUACCUUGAGGAUGCAGCUUUUUAUAGGACUGAAAGCCAUCUCUCACUUCAAACACCAUAUAAUCAUUUUGACAAAAGCAGAUUCUGAGGACUUUCUCGAGAAAAAAACACUUAAACGAAGACUCCUUUACCGAAAGGCUGAUAACAUCAAACCCAAGGUUCCCCCAGAAUCUGAACCUGGUUGGAAUUUGUACAUUGUGAACACAACUUCAACUCUCCAACUCUACAGAGAAAUGGUAGAAUACAGCAAGACCUAUGAAAAUGUAAGAACAGAAAGUUGUAUUCAUCUCCUAAGUGAGGCUCAUUUGCUAGUCAGAACAGCUUUAAUGGAUCCUACUUUGAAAGACUUGGAAGAGGAGAAGGAACCUCUACUAGCAGCAUUUCAUGAGAGUUGUGCUCUUCUUGGAGACUGCUACAGCAGGUUUGACACUAAAGACUUUCAUCUUGCACUCCCUUACUAUAAAAUGUCCAGCCUUUCUAUAUCUGACAUUCUGAAGCGAGUAACAUUUGAAGAUAAAACACAGAAAUAUGAAAAAGGUUUUAUAUUCUACUUGCAGCACUCCUUGUAUGAAGACAUAGAUGAAAAGCUAAAUGAAGAUAUGGCUGCAAAAGUGCUUCAGAUAUUCCAUUGUGCUGAGCCAAACCAGAUACCCCACAUCCUCUGCAGUCCUUGCAUGAAAAAUGUGUGCCCUGAAAUGGCAAUGGAAUAUCUGGAGUUGAUAGAAAAGAUUGCGCCAUCUGUUCUGGUGACAUUGGCCAAGGCUUCAAUGGCUCUGAAAAAAGAGGAUCGGGACAGAUGUAAAAAGGAGCUGGACAGCCAAGCAGAGAUGAAAUUAGUAUGUGGUUUUAUUCGGGAGCCAAGACUUCUAAAACAGCACAUUAAAGGACAGAUGUUCCCAACUGAACUUGCUUUGUACCUCAAAGAGACCAGACCUGGAUUUCUUCUAGCUUCGUUAUUGGCUUUACAUGAGAAUAAUAAAAUAGAACUGGAAGAAGCAGGCUCUUAUAUCAAGAUGCUGAGUGGUAAAAAUGAAGAUGCUGUUCCCCAACUCUUGGUAGACUUCUGGGAAGCUUUGCUUGUAGCAUGUACUCAGGAAGAGGUUGCACAGAAGUUGCAUUUUAAACUUGCUACACAGUAUAUUUGGAGACUGUCCAGAAAAGAGCUUCCUGACACUGAGCCUCUAAAAACCACUGAAGAUUUGAUAAAUUCCUGCAGUGAUUAUGGACUUAUAUUUUCUUGGAUUAUAUUCAUGAUGUCAUUAGUACCUCUUCCUGAUUGGAAUUCAUGUGAUGACCUUUCAAAAUUACAAUCUCUCUUAUGCAGUCCAUCCUUCAGAAUAUCCUCCAUUCUCCCAUUUGUGAAGAAUAUUCCAGAAGAUUCUAUUCCUGGUCUGAGCAUACAUGUUCUUUGUGAUACAUGUUUAGGACAGCAUGAAGCAGCUAUUGACAAACUUCUGGAUAGAUGCCCUGAAGCUGUCAUACCUUAUGCCCAGCAUGAGCUAAGGGAUGAACAUCAGGCUUUAUGGUGGAACAAACUUCUUCCUGAACUCUGUAAACGAACCAGACAUGUUGGUGAAAACUACCCUGUAUUUCUGUCAUCACUGCAAGAAGCAUUAUCAGUCAUUGCCACAGCACUGGAAUUGAGAGACUUCCUUAAUGUUUUACCUGAAGAUGGGAAUGCAGCAUUCUUCUUGCCCCACUUGCUUCAGUGCAGCAGGAGAUUGGUGACUUAAAUAUAAGGAGAAGCAUCUGCUAUCUUGUAUUGGUCUUAUGGGGUGCGAAGUUACUCAAAUGAACAAAACUUCAUGAUGCAACUAUUAAUGUAACACUUUAAAUGCUGGAUACUCCAGGCAUAUUCCCAUGUACCUGAGAAAAGUAGGGUUUGAUGGACCUCUAAAUAUUGUCCUUUGAUCUGUGGUAGCAGUACAGUACAGAUAAACUGGUUAUUCUCAGCCUUGGCAAUAUGGAGAUGUCUGGACUUCAACUCCCAGAGUUUAGAAACAGAGCUCAGAAACACUGAGCUAAACAGAUAGGGGAGAUGUUGGUUAUAUGCACCCGCCACCCCUAGCCUCUUCUAUUUAAAACUUUGAAGCUUCCCAAAGAGCGCUGCAAAAAAGCAGCAAUGACUCAGAUUAUUUUGGUGAGAGAUGAAAUAGAAUUAGUGCAUUAAGCCUAUAUAAAAGUAAAUCGUGCCCCUCAAACACGUGAUAACUGGGCCAAAACCUUCUUCCCUAUUUCCCCCCUAUCUUAACACAUUAUCCUUGCUGCUUGGGAUAGGUUUUAGAAAGGUUCCAUCAGUCUAAACUGCUGGUGGUACAUGUGAGCUGACUAGAAAUCACAAAGUUGUGAAGGGGCCCUUCUGAGUAAAUAUUUAGUGUGAUUGUCCUUCAGGACUUUUCCCUAAAGAUCAGUCAUAAUGUGAGAUGUUUUAACUUAUUCAAUAGAAAUAUUUGUUUCUUACAGCUGCUAGGGCAGAGAAAAGAACAAUUUCAUAAGAAUUCUAAGAAGAGCCAGAAGUUUCAGUAGAUUGGCUCCCAUGCAGACUAUUUGAGUUGCAAACAAUGAGUUUCUUCAAGUUUUAUAAAACUGAAUUAGAUUAGAAACCAGGUUAUGGAGGCAAUUUAUAAAGUUGGCCUAGCAAGUAUCACAAAGUCCCAACAUUAUCCAUGACAAAGGUUGCCACUUCUUCUGCCUUUAAUUUUUCCCAUCUCUGCAGUGGUAAUAUGAUCUCAUUUUCUUAUAUUCAUAUUAACUUUUGAAGAACCUUUCAAGGCUAAUUUAAUUAUUUUAAUAGAAGACAUUUAAAAAUGCUAACAGAGAAGUUGUGGAAUUA